AGAAAAUAUGUCCUCUUCUCAAGAAGGCUCUCUGAUGAGUUUGACGGCGGUGCUCGUAACAUCCCUUGGAGUAGUUUCUUCUGUUUACACGAUUAUUAUGAACGUCUAUUUUAUAAAAAAGAUUGGAAAAACUCGUCAGAAAAUGAUUCUCUUUUUCUACCGUCUCUUUCUCGACGUGGUGUAUAAUGUUCUGGCUGGUGCCUAUAUGACGUUUAGUAUUUUAUAUUCGUGUUUUACUGAAGAGUUUCGUGAGCAUCAAGCUUUUAUUGUUUACAUCGGCUUUCCACUUCAAACAUCAGGAGCUAUAAGAACAAUUGUAGCGUUGGCGAUUUCAAUUGAAAGGGUGUUGGCCAUUUACACACCAAUUAUGUUCCAUAAUUAUCGCGAUUUGUGCCCUUCUAUAUUAAUUCUACUGUUUUCUGUUUUCAUGGGAAUGUUUGAAAAUCUUAUCUUAUACCUCUUUUGUUUCUUGAAUAUUCCCGCAAUUCCGCGAGACUGUGCAGUUUUGCGAUGUGCUGUUGACUCUUGUUUUUUCGACUAUUGGACAACGGAUAGAUCGGUGUUAUUUGCGUUAAAUUUUGUAUUUUCUGGCUUACUUUCAACAAGACUGUUCUUUCUUAAUAAUGCACAUAGACAGCAUGCAGCUGGAGAACAAUCAAAGAUAAAUCAUAUUGCUUUAAUCGAUGCUGCAAACGUUUUCUUAUGCGAUUUUUUGCCAACCGCGUCAAAUUAUAUUCCAAAAAUCCCACUGUUCAGCUUCAAGAAUAUUGGACCUUAUGUUUACAUCAUAAAACUUGUUGGAAGUGCAGUGGAAUCAUAUUUUAUUUCGAAGAUUUUGAAACGAAGCAGCGCCCGGUCAAGUGUUGUAGUAGUAACUCGUACUGUACAAAAUUGAAUAAAUUCAUGAAAUA